CACACACACACACGAGCGCGCGCGCAAGAGAGAGCACACACUCGCAUACACCGAACUCGUUGGAAAUGCCAAAGCGCCUCCUCACUGCUAUGCGCUCACACUCAAAGCAGAAGGAUCCGGUCACGCCAGCAGAAAUUAUCGAGUGAUCUCCUAGUCUCUGACAGAACGGGGGAAUCUCUAGUCCGCAGCAGAUCUUCGUCUGGGGGCAAGAUCCAAAAGGGAUGUUUUGGUGAUGGGUAUUGGGGAAGAGUACGAGAAAGCUUCCGCCCAAGUGGAAAGCAAAAGGUACAGAUUUAUGAGAGCCGAAAAUAAGUUUGGUUUCGUCUUGAAGCACACCGGGAAUUAAGGAGCCGUAGAUUUCAGGAAUAACAAAAUCUCCAGAGAAGCCGCGGUUCAUAUACGCAUCCGUCAACGAGAAAGGGAUUUUGUAUCUGUCACCUUUGGAUUUAUACUUGUGUUUGUCCUGCCUACACGACAGCGUUGGGAGUACUCUGCUUGGAUUUGGAGAGGUAUCCGCUACCGUUGGGGGAAAAAAACACAAGACUCUUGUCAUUUUUUUCGCAAUGGAAAUGCAGGUGUGAUAAGUAUUAGAGGUCAAAUGACCGUCGUCCCUUGGUCUUUAAUCUAACUAUCGUAUUUAUGAGAUGGAAAAACGGGGACUCUACGGCGUCCUUUGUUAUCUCAUGCUAAAUGCGCCUCUGUUGUUUUACGUAAAUGCCACAUUUACUGAAGUUCCCAAAGAUGUAAAUGUCGGUGAGGGAGAAGAUAUCGAGAUGCCCUGUGCUUUUAAGGCCGUCGGGUCUACACCGUUCUCCCUGGAGAUCCAGUGGUGGUAUAAGGAAGCAGCCCCAAGAGAACUUGCGCACGAGCUGCAAAUUAGCUCCCCUGCGAGCAGAGCAAAGGCUGCCCCCAGGGAAGCUACAAAAAUAAGUACGGUGAGAGUGCAGGGCAACGCCAUCUCUCACAGGCUUCGCCUCUCCAACGUGCAGAAGAUCGACGAGGGCGUGUACGAGUGCCGGGUGUCGGGCAACAACGCGGACGAGACUCAGGAACACAAAGCCCAGGCCACGCUGCGGGUGACCCCGCGCGACGGCAUGGUGGCCGAGGAGGCCGUCUCCCACAUCCAGAACAGGUGGCCCUGGAGGAACAGCAACGGCCCCGCCGGAGGCCGGGCCACCUCCGAGCCGGGCCAAGGAAAGCCCCCUUACGCGCCCCCUCCAGCGGGACCGGGUGCCGGACCCGGCCCUGCCCCCGCCGCCUCCACGACAGCAGUGGCCUCUGCAGCAAAGUCCUCGGCUUCGCCCCAGCCCGGCAAUGCGGCCAUCCUCCGACAACAGCACGGAGCCGGUUCUGGAGUCAUCAUUGCCACAGACCCUCUCCUGUACGUCUCCCUGUUGAUCCUGCAUUGGCUUCUCGCCUUCCUGGUCGCCCACUAAAAGACUUAAACCAAACAUCACCCUGCUACGUUUCCACUUAAUUUACCAAACAACAAAGGGAAUACUAUAUACCUAUAUGGCACACCACUGAGGAAGUUGUAAAGAAAAGGACUUGUCAGGACAAAAAAAAAAAAAAAAAAGAAUGACAAUCUUCUAAGCAGGACUUACAGAAGACUUGUCAGAAUGUGGGAUGUAAAUGGAUUGCAUAAGAAGCAUGACAAAAAAAAUAAAUAAAUAAGGGAAUCUAUGUGAAUAUGAGCUUCACACUUCUGUUAUGCACACAGUCAACAGCCACAAAACGAUGCGUUGAGUUUCCAAAUAACUAGCAUUCGCCUUGCCCCCUGCAUGGCAGCCAUUAUUUAUUUUUAUUAAUUUUUUUUUUU